AACCCGUAAAACUUUAAAAAAUGAUAAAUGUCUUCGUCUGGUCACAGCGUUUCAUACAGAGAUUAAUUUAAAUAAAAACAAAACUGUUGUCAUUUAUAUGAAGUAACCCCCAUUCGUCACAUAUAAAGACUAGAGGUCAGCUUUUUGGUUUAUUAUAUUUUGUUCUAAGUGCUGACCUUUAUUCUGACAACUUAAACUUUGAAAGACGUUUGACAUAAAUAUUGAAAAAUUAGAAAUCUGUAAAUUUAGCUUUGCGUGAACAGACCGUGCGUGCUUUCAGAACCCCCCCCCCCCCCAUGCGUUUGCCUCCUGUGGCUCCCUGCUGAGAGGGGCUACUCUGAUAGGUUCAGAGGGUUAAUGGGACUGGCCUGUAGGGCAGCACAGUCCCAGCAUAUAAAUCCUCAGCUCUCACUGCCAGGACAAAUAGUCGGCCACCAGGGCUUGAAAAUGUCUACACACUAGAUGCGCUUUUACGCACAACCGGGGGCCUUUUGGUUUUUACGCACGGCGAGCCAUUAAUGCUACUUUGGGACAGCUGAGUUUGUACUCGUCUUUAAAUAUUCAGUGUGUCACCAUGACUCUCUCAAGUGCAUUUGAAGCGUCACAACACGCCGCCUUGUCUCCAGAGGAGGAUGAAAUUGAUAUAGUGGGUGAGGAUGAGCCAACCAGCGGACCUUUGUAUCGAAAUGAUUGCUCCACGGAUCCGGGAUCCUCAGCAGAAUCUGGUCCUGAAUUUGACUCUUCAGAGCCAGAAUCAUCAGGGGAGAGCGAGAACAGUUUCUGCGCAGACGCACCAAAGUCCAGAAAAGCCCAGAGCAGCUCGGUAAAGCCUCCGUACUCCUACAUUGCCCUGAUCACCAUGGCCAUUCUGCAGAGUCCCAUGAAGAAGCUGACACUGAGUGGUAUCUGCGACUUCAUCAGCAACAAGUUUCCUUACUACAGAGAUAAGUUCCCGGCCUGGCAGAACUCCAUCAGACACAACCUGUCCCUCAAUGACUGUUUCAUUAAAAUCCCUAGGGAGCCAGGAAACCCAGGCAAGGGGAACUACUGGUCUCUGGACCCUGCCUCGGAGGACAUGUUCGACAAUGGCAGCUUCCUUCGGCGCCGGAAGCGAUUUAAGAGACACCAGCCUGAGUUUGGCAAAGAUGGACUCAUGUUCUAUUCCAAUUUGAACUGCUACCGUCCAUAUGGACAACCGUACUGCGUACAGGGCCAGGUAAGCCCCCCGCCCGCGGCUCCCUUUCGGUACAUGCCUUUGCAGGAGGGGGUCAUGAUGCCCCCUUCUUCCUAUCACCUUUUACCACAGACUCUGACUACCCACGGGGCCGGCAGCGGGCCUAAAGACUUCAGGUCACAGCUUUGUGCCACUCAACCCGCUGAGCCAAAGUCUGGACCACAGGCAAAGUGCUCCUUCAGCAUUGAAAGCAUCAUGAGCAGACCAUCUCCCCACAGCCCGCACAAUCCAGAUCAGCAGCAGAGCCCACAUGGCGCCCUUGGAUACGGUCCUCUCAUGUCGGGCCCUGCUUCCUGUCUGGUUCCGACGCUCUUGCAGGCUCCCAGGACUCAGUUCUGCCCUCCUCCAAUACUGAGCACUGCUCCUUUAACAAGCGAGCAUCUCAGAAUGUCAUUCCCCCGCUGCUGAAACCACAGAACUUUACACUGUUUGUAUGUGUGACGCAAGUGAAGGCGCGUUGGUUUAGACCAUUUCUUAAAGAAAUUAUAAAUGUAUGAUAUUUAUGUGCGUGGACAUCAAAAACUGUCUUAAAUGAGCGCAAUGUAAAUAAGAUUCGUGGUAUUUAAUAUAUUUGUGAAAGUCUGUUAAGUCAAAUUCUUUGUUGUUAAAUUUAGGUGGUUUUUUUUUUUUGUAUCAUUUUACUAAUAUGUGAAAAUAAAUGUCCGAAACAAUUAA